GGUUUUAAAAUAUUUAAUUUCUGCAAUAUAUUUUGUGAGUAGGCUGGCAACAGCGUGUCAAGCUGAAAUUUUAUAAAUCAAUUUCUUGUGUAUGCAAUUAGUGUAUUUUACGCUCAUUUAAAGCUUACUUGUAAAUACAGUGUACAUAUAAAUAUGAGCACACAAAAUCGGAAUAGCGGCGGCGGUCGCAAUCAAAAAAAAUCAAAUUCAGGCAGUGGAGGUGGCGGAGGUGGAGAUUCUGCCAUACAGACAUCAACUAAGAAAACAGAUGUCUCAAAAACAGAAAAGGAAAAAUCUCAUCCAAAGCCAACUGCUGAACAAUUACGUAUUGCCCAGAUUACCAAUAGUAACACAUCAGAAGAUCCGCAAAUGCGCGAAAAAGUAGCCACACUAAUUGAGAUGACUCAACGUUCCGAAGAGGAAGUAUGUUGUGCAUUAUAUGAAUGCGAUAAUGAUCUGGAGCGUGCAGUAGUAUAUCUCUUAGAAACCCUUCCUGUGGGAGCUUUUGAGACUUCUUCAAAGAAGAAAAAGAACAAAGCUGCAAGUGCCGGUCAAGAGAACGCAGGUGGCGACGGAGAAUGGACUGAUACCAAUGCAAACACGGACAGACGUGAAAAAUCACGUAACAGGAGCAGUAACCGAGGUGGACGUGGUGGCACUGACAGUCGAGGAUGGCGUGGCAGAGAGGCCCGUGAAAACGAACGUAAUUUACGUGAUACACGGGGCGGUGAUGAUCGCAAUGACAACUAUCGGCGUAGGGAAGGUGGUGGAGGCGGCGGUGGUGGCGGUGGUCGCAGCGGUGGUGGCCGAGGUGGUGGUUAUGCAGGUCGUGGCGGUCGCGGUGGUGGUCGAUUCGGUGCUGGCGGACGUGGCACAGGGGGUCGUGGUGAAAGAAGCUACAAUUCCCGUUCUGGCACCAAUGAAGAUCAUCAAGAGGUAGAGUUAUGGGACAAUACCAUUGCUCAGAAUGCUGAAAAACAGCAGCAGCAAAUACAAGAUGACGCCUGGGGUGAUUGGGAUAAUGAGGAAUAUGUGGGUUCGCUUAAAGACAGCAAAGUAUUUACGACAAGCAAUCUACCUAAUCAGACUGCGGCAAGUGUAGUUAGCGGUGGUGUCGGUAGUGUGAGCGUUGUAAGUAGCGGUACAAGUGAGUUGUCAGCGCCUCCUGGCUUAGAGCACCACUUGGGCUCGUCAAAUCUGGUGGGCAGUGCAACAUCACCACAGCAACAAGGAUCUCAUUUGAAUUCACUUGUUGGAAAUUCAGUCGGUGUGACAGGUGGAAGUCCGUCUGUUGGUGGCAGCACCAGUUUGAACGACGAUAGUUCACCUGUAAAUUCCGCGGUUGUGCAAUCAGCCUCCGUGGCUACAACACCUAUGAUGCAGUAUAGUGCAGCAGUGGCUAGCUCGCAAUUACCCCAAUCUCAACCGCUGACGCCUCAACAGCAACAGCAGUCGUCUGUCGUCCCUGGUUCAAAUAGUUUGGCUGCAACGGCACUUAGCAGCUCGGCCUAUGGCAGUGCAGUGGAUACAUUUUCAAAUGCAGCAACCGCUGCUGCAAACUUAGUACAACAAGUACAACAGCAGCAACAGCAGCAGCAGCCACAAACGCAAAUUAAAGCUUCGGCCACACUAUCCGCCGAGCAAUCUCAGUAUUUCAAUUCUUUAACAUCGCAAAAUGCUGCGGCAGCGGCGGCAGUGCAACAACCAUUACAGCAACAACAGCUGGCAUCGACGUACGCACAAAAUGCUGCUGUACAAUAUCCAACAUCAUACGCUAACGUAUUCGGUUCAGGUGCAGCAGGGACCACAGCCGCAACAGCUGGUCUCAAUAUUGCUGGUGCUGAUCAGUCACAAUUGGCGGGUGGUGUGCAACAGCCGCAAGUUCGGAGGGCACGUGCCAAAUUGCCGCCGCCUUCGAAGAUACCAUCGACUGCAGUCGAAAUGCCUGGUGACACGUUGAACAACAUUGGUUAUUUGGAUGUGCAAUUUGGUGGUCUAGAUUUCGGCACUGAAGAUACCUUCGACGCUUUGCCGGAAAAGUUUGGUGCCGCAGUGACAAUUGAUGGUCAACAACAACAGCAACAGCAAACACAGUCGCAACAGCAACUGGUACAAUCACAGCAGGAUGUUGCUAAUGACUAUCAAAGUAAGUCUAAUGUGCAACAACAACAAGCAACAUUGUCGGCUGGACUACAAAGUGCACAACUUAGUGAUGCUUUAUCGAGUGGUUACUCACAGCGUGGCACAGCAGCUGUGCAACAACAACAACAGCAGCAAGUUGUUAGCGGUGGUAGUGGUGUUGGCGUAGGCGUUGGUGGUGGAAACGCAUCGGUCGGUGGCGCAUCCAAUCACUCAUUGGAUUUGACUAAGAGCGAUCCAUACGGUCAGACACAGAGUGCAACGAAUUCGGCUGGUGGUUAUCAAGCGAGCGCCUAUCAAACGAGUGCGUCUGUAGCUAACAAGACUGCGAAUGCCUAUCAGCCAUCCGCUGCUGGGCAGGUUUACAAUAGCAGUAGUUAUGCCAAUGUGCAGUCAUCUGUUGCAAAUUCAUACCAACCGCAAUCGUAUGGUUCGUAUCAACAGAAUUCGAUGAAUUCCUACCAACAACAAGCGCAACAGUCGGCAGUUAAUGCACAGACAGCAUCUAAUUCGGUAACUGGUGGUGCUGUAAAUGUGGGCAGCAGUGGUAAUGCGGCACAAAACAUUCCCGUAGUUGGUGGCAGCGGUGGUAACAGUAGUGCAAAUAGCAAUACAAAUACUGGAUAUUUGUCAUCGGGAUACCCAACACAACAAAGUGCAUACCAGUCCAGCCAAAGUGUUUACGGUGGAACUGGUCUCUCAAAUAGCACAGGGUUCGCCGGUAGCACAAAUACUUCAUCCUCUCAAUACAGUAACUUUAGUACAAGUGCUAAAUUGAAGGAUACGGCAACGGCGUCUAGUGGUUCACAUUACGAAAGUGUCACAUCGAGUAACGUGGUCAGCAGUAGCGGUGGCGCAACUGGCAACUCGGCUGUAUCUGCAAACUCUUCGGCAAAUCAGUCUUCGUCGGUCAACUCCAACAAUUCGAAUGUGAAUAGCAACAGCUCGAGCGCGGUGGCCAAUAACAGCGUAAGCAGUGCUAGUAAUAAUAAUGUGAAUACCAAUAGUAGCAGUACAGUUAGCGGCGGUGGCAGCGGUGCUGGCGGCAGUGGUAGUAGCGGUGGUGGCGCCGGUGGCGCUGGUAGCAGUAGCAGUAGCAACCCCGCAUCUGUGGUGGCCGCAGCAGCCGCAGCCGUUUCAUCGUCAUCAUCAUCAAAUAAGACAAGCGCUAGCGGAAUGGUGCCCAACAUCCAAAUGGUUAGUCAAUAUAUUCAGACUGGAUUGCCAUACUAUCAGCAACCAGUAUAUUCUUACGAGGAAAUACAAAUGAUGCAACAGAGAGUGCCACACGUGCAGGGCUAUUACGAUCUCAACUACACUCCGACUAGUUUGGGCACUGGUCGCGACAAUUUGGGUUCUGUAGCAUAUUCCACAAUGACUGAUGCACGUUUCACAAGAACGGACAAUAAUUCUAGCCCAGUUAGCAAUGUGUCAAGUACAAUGUCGCAGCAAGCAGGCUCUGGCGGUCACAUGCUAAAUGUUCCUUACUACUUCUAUAGUGGAAAUGUUAUGCCUGGCAGUUUUCAAUAUGGCACACCAGCUAUCUAUCCGCAGCAAAUUCCAGCUGCAAAUACAGCGUCUGGUGGCCAAUUUCCAAAGCCUUCAUACAGCACUGGUUACGGUUCGACCAGCUACGAUACCUUGUCGCAAGCUUCACAGGAUUAUACAAAGGGCGCCUAUCCGUCCAGCGUGAAUCAGCAGACAAAAUCGCAAAAUGUCGCUAAUCCGCCACAAACUGGUACAACAUCAGACAUAACAUCGUCCAUGUAUAGUAAGGGACACGUUGCGCUGAAUAAAGUCAAUUCAUAUGAGAAACAAAAUUUCCAUUCGGGCACUCCUCCACCAUUCAAUAUGCCGAACACGCAAACAGCUGGUGGUACCUCAGCUCAGCCCUACGGCAUGUAUUUGCCAAUGCCGACAGCCGGUCAUCAUAAUAUGAUUCAUCAACCAAUCCAUCAGAUGGACGGCAGGAUUCAUAAUUCAUCCCGCCGGGAUUCGAAUAGCACGGGCCAGCGUCAGCAGACAAGUAGCCAAUCGAAAUCGGCCGCUAAACAAGGCUACUCUCCUUCGUAUUGGACCGGACAGAAUUGAGCGUGAGGUGAAAGCGACCACACACACAAACGCACUCUCACACAUAUAUACACACACACACAUUAAAGGCAUAUGUAUAAAUCAUGUAUAUAUGCAGAAUAUGAAACUCAAUUCCGAUUCCGAUCCUGUAUAUAUGCAGAAUAUGAAACUCAAUUCCGAUUCCGAUUCUGAUUUUGAUUUAUUAAUAACAACAUAAUCCAUUCAGCUCUAAAAAUCGGUACCAGCUGCGAAGCUACCGCGUGCAUAUAACAGAUACAACAACAACAACAACAACAACAACAACAACAACGACAACAACGGCACACACAAACAAAAACACCACGCAUAUAAAUUUUUCAUAUUGUCUGUCUGUCUGCCUGUCUGGAUGCGCCUGACGUACAUACAUACAUACAUCUGCUACUAAAUGUCGACAAAUUUGAAUUCUGUAUGUUCCACCAACCCGUCGUUCGUUGUUCCUGCAGAUAUUUCACUUUAAGAUUAGUUUAUAUAUUUGAGUAUGUAACAUAUACUGUAUCCACCAAACAACACAAAGCAAAGCAUUCAAAACUAAGUUACAAAAGAUAAACAAAAACAUUAUCCAUAUAAACAUAGCGCGCCCUCUCCCCGCCCACCACACCCACGCACACACAUAUUAUCCACAUUCAUGCAUCCGUAAUUAAUUCACUCACUCACUUAUACAUAAAUAAAUGAAUAAAUAAAAAAA